CUCUAGUGUGCACUUUGUCAACGGUGACGACAAUCUGCAUCAGCCAUCUGCAUAAACACAGUACACAGUGACCCACUGUUUACAAGUUCCUAAAUGGCAUCACGUCAAAACACUGUAGGUGAGCUUUGCACGUUCUACACAUAUGGAACAGAAGAUAAAGAGCUGUGUUCUGGCUAUCUGUACAAGUCUCCCCCUGCAAGUCUAAUCAAAUCACAGAAAUCAUGGAAGAGGAGGUUUUUUGUUCUGAAGAAGAACAAAACUUCAUGCCAGCUCGAGUACUUCAAAAAUGAAGAGAAGACAAAGACUGAACUGCUGGGAGCCAUAGAUCUGUCUCAAGUCUCACUGAUGUUUAUGUGUCCUGAGACACACUCCAUGUGGAAAUGGGUCCAUAAAAACUUCAAAUGCUCUGCAGCCUGUGUUCUUUUCAUGAAGGUGAUGGACAGGGACUAUUUUUUCAUUGGAGAAAGCAGUUGGGAGGUGGAGAGGUGGUUCCGUGCUUUAUUUGAUGCCAUGAAAAAUCGUCCACACAGGCUGCUCAAUCCGCAGGACUCUGGGAGAAUCAGAGACAUAAGUGAACCUCCACAUUCACAGAACACAGAUCAGGGAGCUGAGUGGACACCUGAAGCGUACUCUGCUUCUGAGAUCAGCCAAGAGCCUAUCUAUGCCUCCCCAGUGAAGCGCACUACGUGAAUGGGGGGAAAAAGAUGAGAAAAAGACGAGGGGUAAAGUGAAAACAAGAUGAAGAAGAAUCUCAGGAGAUGCAGACGCACAAAAACACUGUGCAAAAGUCAAAAAAACACUCUUCGUUAAUUCAAUUUUCACACUCAGCACAAGGAAAAAAAGUAAAAACAUAUUUAAGGGAAAAUUACGCAGGCCUCUCAACAAUGAAAUGUAAUAUAAGUUUGUUUUAGUGUUUAUCGUAUGCACCCUGUCUUUAUUACAGCUUCCAAUCAUUUUGCCUUCCGUUUUCCAAAGAAAUCUGCAGGGCAAUUUUUUCACACAUUCAGGUAUCAGCCUUAAAAGUUGGUAGUAUUUUUUUGCUUCUUGAGGUACAAAUAAUCUCAUGAGUUCAUGAAUUUAACCCCAUAUCUCAGAUGUCUAGGUUUGAUUUUCUCCUAUCUAUCAGAGAUGAAAGCUUUAAGCGCUAUUUAUCUUUUAGUGUCAGUUUUGGUGGUCUGACAGGUCUUCUCUGGUUGUUAAGAGACCCAUUAUUUCUAUAUCUUCUAAUCAGUUUUUGAACUCAGUUUUGGAAACAUAUUUUCUUCCUCUUCCUUAUGCACAUGGAUUAUCUUCUAUCUAAUCUCCUCAGAAAUAUUUCCUUUAGCCAUUUUAGAUUCACAUGAGAAAAACAUGUGCAAGGCCGUGAAGCUGAAAUUGAGUAGAUGCUUGUGUGAAUGUUUGUUUCAGUAUAAUGUCACUGACUCUUUUGGGGAAAGCUAUAAUUUAUUGGUUUUGAGAUUGAAACAAUGGGAUGCCAUGUUUACAAAUUUUGGUUUUUGUUUAAGUAUCUAUUAUAAAUGUGUUUCCUGCUUUUUCUCUGUCAAAUUUGACUUUAAUGGCCAUUUUGACUAGAAAUCAAUUAAAUGAAAGUGUGGUUUCUGACUUUUGCACAACACAGUAUGUAUUCUAAAGAGUUGCCUUCAGUGUCAGCAAAUUACAGUAUCUGAUUAGAACAACUGUAAUAUUGACAAUCUACUGUGAACGAUCUGUGGAUCAUGAGCUACAUAAAUCUGUAAAUUAUGAUUCUAUUAGCGUCGCUGUCAUUGUACAAGUCUAUGAAAAAUAUCUGUAUAUAAUGUAUGUAUUGACGUGUUAAUACUGGAUGAUUUCAGUAUCACGGCAACACAUUUUUGCGGGUCAUGCAGAUUACAUAGAAGAGAUUUUUCCAAGUUUUGGAAAUUACUCCAAAUAAUAUAAAUACUACUAAUACUUAUAGUGCAAAAGUAAUUACAGAAGUCAUACUAGAUGAUACAUAGUGAAUGUAAUUUACUGUUAUUUUAUAAUAAUAACACUGAGUGGAUUUCUUUAAACAACAACAAUAUGAUUUUACAUUUCUGUUGCUGUUAUACUAAUUGCUAGUAUUAACCAGGUAAGUUUUGCAAAGGACUAGAUAAUUAUUUAGGGUAACAUCUUGGCAUGCUUCAAGACAGUUUAAUCCCUUGAAAUGCCAGGCUUAUUACAUACUAAGGCUUAUUAUACUGAGACUGGUUCAGCUGUUCUUAGGUUAUAGAAGUUUGAUAUUAACUGGAUGAAUGUGAGAUACAAUCUUCAAUAUUACACCGAAAUUCUUAACAGGUGCCAGCUAUCUAAACUGAUUAAGAACAUAGUAAAAUACCUUAUAAAUAUAUGGAGUAACAAGGUAAUAAAUAUAAAUGUACACUAAAUGUCAAUAUGUCACACCUUUAAGCAGGAAAGUAAAAACACUUCUAAGAGGUGGGUAAGUUAUGAUGUAAAAUGACAGAUUUUUCUGAAGCUAUUGGUAAGGACUCAGUAAAACUAUAGCAGGAAGCACUGGUUCCCUGCACAGCCUAGAUCCAGUGUUGUUUAUAGGCAGCAGAUUCUAACACAUUAUGUAAGACACUUUGUAGUUUAUUGUACAUAAUUGUUUUAUGUCAUAUUACUACCUGGUCCUUUUUAACCAAAAUAAUUACACAAUACUGUGUUUAUACUGCAUACUUACCCAGUUAAUACUUAGAAACUAUUGGGCAUUUCAGUGAAAUUUAGUUGGACUGUCUUGGAACUUAUCAUCAAGUAUCCAAAGAUAAUAUCUAGUACUUUGGAGUUUGUACCUCAGAAUUAUCUGGUUAAUACUUAGAACAUAAGGUGCAGUGAAAGAAAGCGCCAUACUUUUUUUAAAAUGUUGUCAAGGUUCAGGAAUCGCUACUAAUUGUAUGUAUUUUACAUUGAAGUAUUAUCGUACUUUGGAGGCUUAUUCCAUGUUGUCCAUUUGACUCUCUAAAAAAGUGAUGUAUUAGGGUUUGAGUGAGCUCUCUGUGCAUAUAUGCAGUACCAAGAGUUUUUAUAUAUCUUUCUGCUGAAAACGGCUCCAGUUUGGGCAGGGUGAUCAGGGCUGCUUGGCAAAGAAGAGCAGACUGGCAGACAAAGAUGAUUAAAAUGCUUCAACUAAACUGCCAUGGGAGAGCCACCUACCCACAAAACCAAUUAGACACAACCCGGUCUUGAAUUCUCAAAGCUUGAAUUAUAAAACCCUUUUGUAAUAUGUUCUUCUGUCUAGUCUUUAUCUAAAAUCAUUUUAUAAACAUGUCAUUCUUUAUUAAGUAGUGCGGUCUGGCUGAUGGUGCAUUGUGCGGUUCUGAAUGCUAACAAUAAAUAUUACAUUAGUUUGUCUGAAACUGAUGUGCUUUAAAUAUGUUUCUUGUCUGAUGUGAUUAAGAAACAAAUCACCAUGAUGCUGUCAGCCUGUUCAUUUAAAUAAAAUGCCAGAUUUCCAUGC